AAUACGAGGCAGAAGAAGAAGUGCCAAGCUAGUUACUUUAAAGUUUGCUCGCUUAUACAGGUUAGCUGCUAAUUUAGCAUCGGCACACUGUCGGUUUCCAUUAGCAACAUGUGCGCAAGCUUUACUGCUGGAAGAUUCAAGACACCCUGUGCCAGAUGCAGCAAAGCAGCCCCAGAACAUAACAGAGCCUCCUCCAUGUUUCACAGGCAUGCUUCGUAAAGCAGUAAAUAGCAGUUGAUGAGCAGCUCAGUGGAUUUUGUGUGCUGAUUAUGGAUGACUUGGAUAGAGAGCUUGGGCCUUAUGAACCUGUAGAAGAUUUCAGUGAUUUCUCAGUUGACAACUCUUCAAAAGGAGGGACAAAUGUAAAGCACCCCAAUGUUAAUCCCACCAUGUGUCUAGAGACACCACGUGAAACUGGGUUUCACCGGAGUACCAGAAUCUGUCUGGAGCAGAUCAGAGAAGCGAUACUGCAUCAUAGAUGGCAGGAGGCAGCAGAAUAUAUGGCAUGCUACCCCCAAUUACUAGAGGACACAUGUCUUCCUCUAGCACAGCAAAAUAAAGAGCUUCUUUGGAGAAUCUCCAUUAAUAUCCUUCAUCAUCAUCCCAACUCAACAAUGGAAGAUUACAACAACAUCUGUGAACGAAUGAAACAUUCUGGCAUCAGACAUCAUUUAAUGAUUUGUCUGGAACAUUCUUUCCACCUGCUGCUACAUGGUCAGGCUGAAGAUGCGAAGUGGCAACUGUCUUCAGCUGAGAGCUGGAGACAUGGGAAGGAGUCAGCAGCUCAGCAUCAGAGGGCAAAACUGAUCCAGGCAUACAGGAGCUUGCUGGAUUAUGUCAUCUGGUGUGACAAAAGGUUUUCAAACUCCAAUAAUUAUUUUGACUCUGACAACCAAGGCAUGCAUAACAACUUCAGACAGGCUUCUCUCAAUCUAAAGGAGAUUUUGAAAAGUCCUGGUGUCUGGGAUUCCUUCAUACUGAGUUACAUUGAUAUGCUGGAGCUCUAUGAUGACCACGAGGAGGCUCUUAAAAUUCUGAAUGACUACGCAUAUAACAACAAUUUUCCACCCAAUCCCAAUGCACAUGCCUAUCUGUACCGGUACUUAAAGCGGCAUGAUGCUUCAGAGAAGAACUUGAUGAGAGUGUUGAAGGUUCUGCAUAUAUUGGUCCCAAGCCAUGAGUUGAUGUUGGACUACAGUACUCUUCUGCUUAACUCAGAGAACGAAGCAGACAUCCAGAAAGCUUUAGGUAUCAUUCUGGACAUGCUGGACUUCACCUGCUGGAGGACCAAUAUGGACGUUUGGAAGUGUUUAAAGGCUGUUAUUCAGAGACUGGAAAUACAAGAAGACUGGGAGAAUUUUGUCUGUGAAAAGAUGGCUCUAAGAAAAGACUGGUGGCCUGCGCUGCACUUCACAAGCUUCCAUGCCAGCAAAGAUCUUGAGGAGAACCCUGAGCUUUGGAAAGUGAAAGCGUCACUUGAAAAAGUUCUUUGUCCAAAACAAACACUGAAGUACACUGCUGAUUGCGUAACUAAUGGAAAAAGGACUUGAGAGGAAAAAUAUCAAAUUGUCUUUUCAAACGCUCAAAAAGAAGCUGACAUGCCAUCGGGAAGCAAAUGAAAACCCAGGCAAGGCAUGUUGAUGAGGCGUCUUCAUAAAUACACUUUUUACAUGAAGUUUAUGUCAGAGUUUCAUUUUCUUUCAUUAAAAUAUUCUGAAUGCAAGGUUGACUUGCACAUUAUGUGUUUUCAAACUCCUAAAUAUAGUUCCUUCAGCUUGUGCUAUCCA